AUACAAUCCAUGCACCUUGCCUAGGCCAUUUGCCAUUCUAAAGCAGCAGCAGCUCUUCUUUGCAGUACUCAACGUCAUCUACUGUCUCAUUUUUCUCAGCAUACGCGCGCACGCAGCGAUGGAUAAUGGAUACUCUCCUACCAAGCAUAAUUGAGAACAUAAUCCUAUACCUGGCGCGGCUGCCACGCCUGUGCGACGACUUUACAGACUAUGCAGUAAAUCUCUGGCCACAGGCGACCCUACGACCGCUGCUGGCGGUAAACCGGCAUUGGAGACAUGUCGCCUGCAUGCACUACUACCAGGCAGCGACGCUGGUGGUGAUGAGCUCGUGUCUUGAUCUCUGGCGAUUCCAGCUGGCUGCUAGUCUGCUGGACAUUACCCGGCUCGGGUGCCAGAGAUAUGUACGGAGGAUUCAUUUCCUAUUCCGCAUAGACGAUGUAGCGUUCAACGGGUUUAGCGAGAUGGUGCGGCAGUACUUGGGCCAGGCUGGAAAUCUUCUGGGUGUGCGGGAAGUCCGGUUUACAUGCAUGUGCCCGCCUGGGUACCGGAUACCGGAGCCCGGGCAGCCACGCCUGUGUAUUAAUGGCCUGUCCCAGGUUAUUCGGAAGAUGCUGCCGAACACACGGCGCACGACGAUUCUAUUCGACAACUUUUGCGAGAUGAGCCGCCCGCUGCACACAGGCCUAGACGACGCCGUGCGGUGCAUGCUCGCGGCUGUCAAUUCACCCAUAUCGCUUACAGUUGGCUUCACCGAAAAGUACCGCGCGUAUUUUGUGUCGCCGGCAAUGCUUGGGAUAAAACACCUGCACAUUCACCGGCGAGCGGCGGGCCGCAGUAUGACGCAAAUAGCCAAGCGGAAUUCCGAGACUCUUGAGUCGCUGACUCUUGACCACAUCCCGGCAAGCAACAUGGCCAGCAUUUUCGCUGGGCGCAAGGGCAGGCAGGUCAUCUACCCACAGUUGAGGAAGCUGACGGUUAACCGGCGCGAAGCCAUGAGCUGGCAUAGGUGCAAGCUGCAGUUGCUACUGAACCCAACGCCGAUGCUGACCGAGCUGCACUGCAACGGCCAGUUCCCAUUCGACAGCGUACAGUUGAUUACGUGGAACCGGCAGCAGCUGCAGGCACUGUCGCUAGACCUGGACGUCAAACUGAUGAAGCAACUGUACAAGACAGGCGAUUUUUACGCGGAGGCCUUCCCAAAGCUCAAGGCGCUGAGUCUGGGCUGGAAUCCAACCAACGUCCAUCCUCGAGCAGCGGGCCAAAUCCAUCAUAUUUGCAAUGCUUACGUGGAGACGUCUAUUGCCCUGGGCCGGGUGUACCUGGAAAUCUUCCAGGACGUGUGCAUGGACUCUAUCGUGUAUAUUGAUAUGCGAGCAAUCAGCAUCACAUGCUUGCAAGCGGUGCGCAUGUUUGGGCGUCUGCGCCGGCUUAGCCGUGCCCACUUCUCACUUACCAGCUGCCGCCAAGACGGUCGCUGGCGCAUGAUGACUGCAGGCGAGCUGUGCUAUUACAAAAGCAACCGGGAAGAGUCCUCGAGCGUGCGGUCUCUUUUGUCCCCGCACACUGUGCUGGCAUUUGCGCUUGCGCUGCCGUCUUUGAGGUUCAUUAUCGCGCCGAUGCGGUCGCGCGACAUCGACAUCGACAUGCUGAUUGCGCAGACCCGGCAAGGCAGUCUGUUCUGCGACGAGCCGCAGGUGAACAGCGUCAAGCUGCUCAACAUGUACUAAUGCAUUUCGAUUUAAUAGUAGUAAUGUUUGUAAUUCUAAUUCUUUG